CACCACCAAUCAAGCAUAAAUGGAGCAGAGCAGAGCUGCUUAAUCACCACCACAAGAAGGCGAAGAGAGAGAGAUAUGGGGGGAGUUGUGAAGGUGUACGGCCUGGCGGCGUCGCCGUUCGUGGCGACGGUGCUGGUGUGCCUGGAGGAGGCCGGCGCCGCGUACGAGCUCGUCCCCGUCGACAUGGCGGCGCGCGAGCACAGGACCCCGCACCACAUCGCCCGCAACCCGUUCGGCAAGAUCCCUGUUUUGGAGGACGGAGAACUCACGCUCUUUGAAUCACGCGCGAUUUCGCGUUAUGUGCUUCGCAAGUACAAGAAUGGUGCCACCACAGACCUCCUACGGGAAGGCAACCUUGAGGAGUCCGCCAUGGUGGAUGUAUGGCUGGAGGCGGAGGCCCACCACUACGAACCAGCAAUAUCCAACAUUGUCCAGCAGUGCGUCAUCCUGCCCAUGAUCGGUGGCACCCGCAACCAGCACAUCGUCGAUGAGAACGUCGAGAAGUUGAGGGAGGUGCUCCGGGUGUACGAGGCGCGGCUGGGCGAGCAUGGCUACCUGGCAGGGGAGUUCAUCAGCCUCGCAGACCUCGCCCACUUCGGGUUCAUGCACUUGCUCAUGCCCACGGAGUACGCGACGCUGAUGGAGGAGUGCGCGAACGUCAAGGCGUGGUGGGAGGAGCUCGCAGCGCGGCCGGCGGCGAGGAAAGUGGCGGAGCUCAUGGACACUGGGUUUGGGGCUGUCUAAGAAAGAGCAGAGCAGCAGUGACUGACGGACUCACCCUCUGAACUUAUUAUCAUCAGUGUAAUAAUGACAUCGCGGUACAGCUGAAUAAUAUCUCAUCUGGCGUCUUCCACAUCUCCGCAGAUGUGACAA